UCUGAUUGGCCAACUCACGACAAAGCAGGAGGGUUUCUCGGAAGAAAUGGGUUUCCUUGUCUGUGUCAGAUGUACGACGAUGCGGUAUUGCAAGUUGAAUUAUGAAGCAGUUUAAAUAAAGGAAAUCCUGGAUUAAAUACAUUCAAAUGUAUUUUCCUUUAACGUCAAUGAAUAUCCUUGGAUGGUGAUUACUAGGAAAGCGCGAGUUUGGUUGUGAGAAGGAAGAUCCACUUCCUUGUUUGUUUUGUAUUGAUUUUAGUGUUAGCCAUCGAAUAGCUAAACGUUAUCUCUGUUAACGUUAGAUAGAUAGCUGCAAGCCCCUCAGAGCAAACAGCUUUGUGGCUAUGACUGCGGAUCUUUUAUCUGAUUUGGAUAGUCGUUUCUUCGCUGACAACCUUCUGACAAGCGAAGACUGGGAUGCCUGCCUUUACCAAUGUGAGAGCAUGGAGGAGGGGGAGGAGGGUGAUUACAGCGCAGGACUGAAAUAUAACCCAUCGUUCCACAAUGACCUCGUGCUGACCCUCGAUCCCGACAAUCCCACGUCACCAUGGAAGGACCUCAGCGACAACCUCCUCACAGGUGAUAUGCCUGUUGUCAAGGAGGAAAUGACCUUAACACAGCCUCUGCCUGUCGACAUGCUGUUUCAGGUGAAGGCGGAGCCUCCUUCACCUGGCUCUUCCCCAGGUUCAGACGUUCCUUCUCCAGACACACAGAUCACAGUGAAAGGGGAGAACCCCCCGACCCCACCCUACAUGUUUGGGGAUGUCCUGUCUCCCCCGCUCAGCACCAUGGAGGUGACGGUGGCGGCCCCCCCACAGCCACAGCCCCCCACCCUGCCCACGGGGCCCAGCCAGCCCCUUCCCCCAGUGCAGCCUCCAACCCUCAGCCAGCCCCAGCCCCUGGCCAGCAUCGACCCCUCCACACAAGCCACAGUUAUUCCAUGUGUAGGGAAUCUGAAGGCCAGCUCCAUCCUGAGCAGUAAGCCUCCCAUCCAGCCGAGGCCAGUGUGUGUGGCCGCCCUGCCAGUUCCCCAGGCACCCAGCCCCAGCCCAGCUAAAGCCCUCAUCCUGCAGGGACCGAGCCGACCAGUGGUCAUCUCUCCGUCCGUCUGUCUGGGCUCCACUCCGGCCAUUGUCAAGAUGGAGCCCGUAUCUCCCAGCAUGCCUCACUGCGCUAACGCUGCUACGCUACCGGGUAGCAAGCCCAUCAUCCCUGCAACAGCACUGCCUGGCAACACAGACAUCGACAAAUGUGCACUUGAAAAGUCAUGGAACGGAACCCUGACCUUUGUCACUCCGCCCUGCUCGCAGAUGAAGGUUCUAAAGAGGCAGCAACGGAUGAUCAAGAACCGCGAGUCCGCUUGCCAGUCGCGCAAGAAGAAGAAGGAGUACCUGCAGAGCCUGGAGGCCCAGCUGAGGGAGGCUCAGCUGGAGAACCAACGGCUCCGACGCGAGAACCAGGCCCUGAGAGAACGCCUCAGCUGCAAGGAGGGAGGGGAAUCAAACAACAACAAGAGGGCGGUGUGUGUGAUGGUGGUGCUGCUCUUCAUCACCUUUAGCUUCGGCCCCGUCAGCAUCACGGACAGGAAGUUGGAGUCGGCCUUGCAGGACAGCUUGUCCGCCCACACGGGGAGGCACCUGCUGGAGUUUGAGGACGAGCAGGAGCUCAACCAAUCCCGCGUCAGUGUGAGGACGCCGCCGGCCGAGGGGACACUCGCCGAAGAGGAAGGUGGUCAGGACAGGUGGGGGGCGGACACUGACCCCUACCAGUUCAGGAACCUGAGUAGUGUGUUCAGCGACAUGAAGGAUUUGGUUCUGCAGGACAUUGACCGCUACUUCAACUCUCCUGACUGCAGACAGUUCAACCGCUCCGAGUCCCUCAGGCUUGCUGAUGAGCUGCGAGGCUGGGUACAUCGCCACCAGAUCGACCGCACCAAAUCUGGAGGGAAGCCCAAGAUAGUCAAAAAGCCCAAAGUAGCACAGCAGAAAACUCAGCACAAGAAGACCAACUUCUCCCGAUACCUUCCCAUUCAGGCACACAGAUCCAUUGAGAGCCAGCUGCAGGUCUUCCCAGGUCCUGAGAUUAGCUACAGCGAGUUCCUGGACGCCAUCGACCGACGCGAGGACACCUUCUACGUGGUGUCCUUCAGACGGGAUCACCUGCUGUUGCCCGCCAUCAGUCACAAUAAAACGUCGCGGCCCAAGAUGUCUCUGGUCAUGCCUGCCAUGUCCGUCAACGAGUCUCUGUAUAACUCAUCUGGAGGCUACGAGAUGAUGAUGCAGGUGGACUGCGAGGUGAUGGACACGCGCAUCGUCCCCAUCAAGGCCUCGGCCGUUCCCCCGUCCCUGCGCGACCCGCCCCGGCCUCCUCCCGCCCACCAUCACCACGGCAACCACACCUCCCUCAAGGGCCGUCACCACGCCAACGGGGCCGCGUCGCCCCGGCAACCCUUACCUGUGAGGAGGAGGGGCUACCUCCUCAGCCAGGAGGGAGCAGAAGUGUGAGGAAGAGAGGGAUGAGAAGUAAAUGUGCAAGAGUGAAAAACAGAGUUUGUUUUGGCAACGCAGGAUGGAAAGAAAUCCUGUGGAUAUAAAAAGUGAAGGUUGCUCAAGACUUAAAAAGAAAAGUUUUUUUUUUUUUUUUUUUUUCGUUGUUAUUUUCCCCCAAA